CCUAAAAAUUGGUUGGUGAGAGCAGGUAGAGCGGUGGUGUCGUCGGAAAUGAGUAGGUAGAUCCCACGAGCAUCACCGCAAUCUCCUAUAAAUACCUAACGGUUACCCCACUUCUUUGAUUCCCUUUCUUUACCCAUCUGAUUCGAAUACUAGUAAUGGACGCUGCUCUCACCACCUCUUCAACUCAAUCAUCCCUGCGCUCCUUGAUCUUUCUCCGCUCAUCCUCCUCCUCUUCCUUGCUCGAUGCUCCAAGAACUGUUGGCUGUUUCAAACCCAGGCGACUCUCCGGUUCCCUCAGGGCUGUUGCAAGCUCGGAGUCAUCCGCAGAUCACAUGGCUUCUCUUGAUCUAUCAGUGAGUCCCCGUGUAAACGCUGUUAAGCCAUCCAAGACUAUGGCCAUCACCGAUCAGGCCACUGCACUUGUACAGUCUGGAGUUCCCGUCAUCCGUCUCGCCGCCGGUGAGCCCGAUUUUGACACCCCUGCGGUCAUAUCUGAGGCUGGUAUCAAUGCGAUUCGUGAGGGCUACACGAGGUAUACUCCAAAUGCUGGGACUCUGGAGCUCCGGAAAGCUAUUUGUCGUAAGCUGGAAGAGGAGAAUGGGUUGAGUUAUAAGCCGGAUGAGAUAUUGGUCAGCAAUGGAGCUAAGCAGUGUAUCAUGCAAGCUGUGUUGGGUGUUUGUUCGCCAGGGGAUGAGGUUAUAAUUCCAGCACCAUUCUGGGUUAGCUACCCUGAGAUGGCUAGGCUAGCUGAUGCAACUCCAGUUAUUAUUCCUACAGACAUAUCAGACAAUUUUCUUGUAAAACCAAAGGAUCUUGCCUCUAAACUUAAUGAGAAAUCAAGGCUGCUCAUUCUUUGCUCGCCAUCUAAUCCAACGGGAUCAGUUUAUCACAAAGAGCUGCUUGAGGAGAUAGCUGAUAUUGUUAGAAAACAUCCUAGGCUUCUGGUUUUGUCUGAUGAGAUAUAUGAGCAUAUCAUUUACCCUCCAGCAAAGCACACAAGUUUUGCUUCAUUGCCUGACAUGUGGGAGAGAACCUUGACCGUCAAUGGAUUUUCAAAGGCAUUUGCAAUGACUGGUUGGAGGCUGGGAUAUCUUGCCUGCCCCAAACACUUUGUUACAGCAUGUGGGAAGAUCCAAAGCCAGUCUACAUCUGGUGCUAGCAGCAUUUCACAGAAAGCAGGGCUUGCAGCUCUAGGUUUGGGCUAUGCGGGUGGCGAAGCCGUUGCUACCAUGGUUAAAGCUUUCCAGGAACGGCGAGAUUUCCUUGUUAAAAGCUUCAAGGAACUAGAGGGCGUAAAGAUAUCAGAACCCCAGGGUGCUUUCUAUCUUUUCAUUGAUUUGAGCUCUUAUUAUGGAACUGAAGUAGACGACUUCGGCAUUAUCAACGGCUCAGAAUCCCUUUGCAGAUUUCUUCUAGACAAGGCAAAGGUUGCUCUUGUUCCGGGAGACGCAUUUGGUGAUGAUAAGUGCAUAAGGAUAUCUUAUGCAGCAUCGCUUGCGACGCUGCAGGAUGCAGUAAGUAAUAUCAAAGAGGCUUUGCUCUCUCUAAGGCGUCCAGUUCCUGUUUAAACGAUAUGUUGGGCUAAUUGCGAAGCUAAAUGCAAUUUGGAGGAGUAAAUUAAUAAAGAAUGAGU